AUGUUUGCUUCCUUAUCUUUAUCUUCAUCUUCUCAAUGGAUCACGAGAAUGAUCUCACGUUCAUAUUCAUCAAAACGUGCAAUAUCACCCCGAUUGCGCUUUUAUAUGGACACUCAUGCGGUCUACGGUGAGCAAUGCGACGUCCCCAAAGCCAAAGCAUCAAAGCAAAGUGAAUUGAAUCUCUUUCAAGGAAGCACGCCGAAAAACGUAUUCGACAGCGAUACAGAAGCACUGUACGGUGAAUCCUCAGGUUUCUAUCGAGCUCGAAGUGUUCCAAAAGGUGUUUCUAUCUCCGAACGUAAGAAACAUCUUCGCGAGCUAUUUCGUAUUCCACGCGGCCAUCGGAUUUCUUCGUAUUCUCAAGCAUACAUUCCAGAUAUAUAUUUAGGUUUAACAAAAAAGAAUGUGAAAUAA